CGUUUUUAUUCAGUUUCCCCCAGAAAUGAAAAAACAAGACGAACCGCUUCUGGUUCAUGGGACGACCUUGUCUAUCCUAUCCCGCCGCACCCUCUUUCUUGCUGGUUGCUUGUCUAUCACUUUCUUCCUACACUCAUUGCUACUGGUAACCUUCUUUCUUCCCCCUUGCGUUAUACGGAGACCAGAGUAAAAGCCCGCCUAUCGUCGAGCCUUGCUGACCUGCAACUCUCUUGGUUUGUGCAUUGCGUCUUUGGCCCGGCAUUUAACUUGGACCCCCCCAGUUUCCCGAAUUCCCCCUCCAGUCCCGAAGCGCGCACCGCUCCCUUCUACCCUUCCCCCUUGCCCACCACGGUCUCGCUCGGAGCGGACCGCAUGUUGAUGGACAGGUUCUACAACCAACAGCGGCUUCGCAAAAGCGGUGGUAGCAGCUUGAGCUCAGUCGGUUCUGGCUCUCCCGUGGGACGGCACCAGCCGACCCGUCCUCCAACGGCCGCCAACAGCAUCUCGGCCGCCUCCACAUCGACGCUGCUCACCGCUAGUUCGUCGUCCGAACGUACCCGUAACUUUUCCACAGACAGCAGGCCGCGCACGCCGCCAUCAACGAGGCCGUCGAUGCAGUCAGGCGAACAAGACGAGUAUCCCGAGGAUCACCCGAGCCCGACCUCCGAUGAAGUGAACGAGGCCGUCUGGGCGGGAGGGUCCGAUUCAGACGACGGAUCGGACAGCGACCCGACGCCGGGUCAGAGUCUCCGGGCGGUAACAAAUAGCAGUUCCAGCAAAUCAAAGAUCAAGACGGGCAAGUCGUCCAUCUUCCAGUCUAUCUUCAAUAAGUUUGCGAAAACCGGAAAGCGCUUCGGCUUCGUGCCAAAUACCAAGGUACGCUUUACUCAACUAUCAUCCUUUGAUGCAGGUUGCCCCGAUGCUAACCCGUCUUACCAAUCCGCCAGGAAGAACAAGACAGAAAUGGAAUCCGCAGUCCUCCAACACCAGAUCAUUGCCGAACUCUUCGACCACAGACUCCACUUGGCCCCAGUCGUCAAGGCCAGGGCCGCCCUCGACGUAGGCACGGGGCCAGGGCUAUGGGCAUUAUUGACCACCGCAACAGCCAAGAAGAACCCAAACUGCGCCGUGAUGGGCGUCGAUAUUGAGAAAGUGCGCCCUCCAUAUAACGUGUCCAACUGUCAGUUCAAGAUCAUGGAUAUAACUACCGACUGGAACAUCGGCAGACAGUUCGACUUCAUCCAUGUCCGUAUGCUAGGCGAUAUCGUGGAAAAGGAAAAGUUCGUUGACUCCAUCUAUCGCCACCUCAACCCUGGGGGCUGGGUCGAGUUCAGCGAAUGGAUCGCGAUCCUCGUAUCCCCAGAUCACUCACUAGAGGGGACAGCAUUUCACAAGUGGAACAUGCUUCUCCAACAGGGUCUUCAGAAUAUGGGCCGCUCCAUGCACUACGUCUCACAAUAUCAGCCCAUCUUGGAGAAGUCAGGCUUUGAGAGGAUGAAGUUGACAAAGCACGCUGCUCCUACGAACGCGUGCUACCCGGGUAAGAAGUGUCAGCGGUUCGGUACCAUGAUGUCCAGCAAUUGGAAUGCCAUCAUCGAGCCGCUAAGUGUCCCUGUUUUUACUAUUGGUCUAGGCUGGUCCGAGGCCCAGGUUCUUGCAUUGGUUAAGAAGGUCCGCAAGGAGAUUGAUGAUACGAACUACCAUUCGUUCAUGACGCUGCUUACGAUAUACUGUCGGAAGCCACGUAGCGGUGCAUCGUCGUCCGCAUCGUUGGCGAGCUCAUCACGCUCGGCAGCUCAAAUGUCGGUGUCCAAUGUCAGUUCACAUGGGUAG